AGCAGUGGAGCCGAGUCUGAAUGAAAGUGGCGCGCUGCCGCUGACGUUACCCCGGUAGUAGCGGCUUGGAUUCGGACCCCGGCUUUGAUUCUGGUGCCUCGGGCCUCCGGGGCGGAGCCGACCGCGAGGAGGCGGCGGCGGAGGCACGGCGAACGUUGGUGGAGUGGGGCGGCUCUCUGCGGCCCCAAGACAUGGCUCAUAACAAGAUCCCGCCGCGGUGGCUGAACUGUCCGCGGCGCGGCCAGCCGGUGGCAGGAAAAUUCUUACCUCUGAAGACAAUGUUAGGACCAAGAUAUGAUAGUCAAGUUGCAGAAGAAAAUCGGUUCCAUCCCAGUAUGCUCUCAAAUUAUCUAAAGAGUCUAAAGGUUAAAAUGGGCUUAUUGGUGGACCUGACAAAUACAUCAAGGUUCUAUGACAGAAAUGACAUAGAAAAAGAAGGAAUCAAAUAUAUAAAACUUCAGUGUAAAGGACAUGGUGAGUGUCCUACAACUGAGAACACAGAGACAUUUAUUCGUCUGUGUGAGCGGUUUAAUGAGAGAAACCCACCUGAACUUAUAGGUGUUCAUUGUACCCAUGGUUUCAAUCGCACUGGUUUCCUCAUAUGUGCCUUUUUGGUGGAGAAAAUGGAUUGGAGUAUUGAAGCAGCGGUUGCUACUUUUGCCCAAGCCAGACCACCAGGAAUCUAUAAGGGUGAUUAUUUGAAAGAACUUUUUCGCCGCUAUGGUGAUAUAGAAGAAGCACCACCCCCACCUCUAUUGCCAGAUUGGUGUUUUGAGGAUGAUGAGGAUGAAGAUGAGGAUGAAGAUGGAAAAAAGGAAUCAGAACCUGGGUCAAGUGCUUCUUUUGGCAAAAGGAGAAAAGAACGGUUAAAACUGGGUGCUAUUUUCUUGGAAGGUGUAACCGUUAAAGGUGUAACUCAAGUAACAACUCAACCAAAGUUAGGAGAGGUACAGCAGAAGUGUCAUCAGUUCUGUGCCUGGGAAGGGUCUGGAUUCCCUGGAGCACAGCCUGUUUCUAUGGACAAGCAAAAUAUUAAACUUUUAGAGCAGAGGCCAUAUAAAGUAAGCUGGAAAGCAGAUGGUACUCGGAAACCUGUUUUUUGCUUCAUCCUUCAACUGGUUGAAUGAAGCCCUCUCACAUUAUGGAGGAUAAUCUGCUUUACGUAAGGUCAGCUGAUGUAAAUGCUAAUCACAAGUAAGUAUCUUCAUAAUAACAGCUAGACUACUGUUUGAACAAAUAAAUGAGUACCAUAGCCUGGCCAAGUGGGUGUAUAAAAUUAACGAUCUCAGUCCACUGCUUGUCAGCUUGGAACCCAUACACAUCUCCUUAAGGCAUACUUAAUCUCCAAGUAAAGACAAUAAAAAGUAAUACUUCCACCUAACAUGAUAUAACUCACCUGCGUACAAUCAGAAACACACUACCCCUUUCCCCAGAGAAGAUACAAAGUGCUUGGGUGAUGGUCACUCUUCUCCUUAAUAUCCUGUAACUUAAACACUAUGAUGUAAAGUUAACAACUUAUUUAUCUGAAAUAGCUUUUGUCAACAGCAUAAAUGGUGAGUAUACACGUGGACCUUGCUGGACGGACCACACAGGAAUCAAAUAGACUAC